AUGCAUAUUAUUCGAAGGAAAAUUCACAAUUAUUUUGCGAAGAAUAAAUUGGCACAUAUUUUGAAAAAGGAUGAAAUUAACUUUAAUGAUAUACACAAAAAUAUAUUUAUUGGAAAAUCGAAUUAUAAUGGAUUAGGGGUUUUUUCAUUUGCUGAAAUAAAAAAAAAUGAGAUAAUUGAAGUAUGCCCAACAAUAAAAAUAGAAAAUGAAAAUAUUCCAAAUAAUUUGAUUGAUUAUUUAUUCGAAAAUUCAUCUGAAAAUGCAAAUAACGAAAUUGUCCAAAUUAUGAAUCCUUCCCAGAAAAAUAUAAAUUAUAAACUUUUCCCAUUGGGUUAUGGAAUUUUAUACAACCAUUCUGAUACCCCUAAUGCUUUUUUUCAAAUUGUUAAAAGCCCAAUGAGUAAUGAAAAUGAAACAGUUGCUUCCAAAUAUAUUAUGAUACUUCGCUCUCUGAAAAAAAUUAAAAAAGAUGAGGAAAUUUGCAUAUCCUAUGGGAACGCAUGGUGGAAGGUAAUAACUCUAUUAAAUUAG